UUUGACACUGGCCGUAGUAGCGUCAGGUACACAGUCAUCGGCUUCCUGAAUCGCCGGACGUACAGGAAAACUGUUGCGCUUACUACUGUUACUACGCUUACUACUGCUGCUGUUGCUACCGAUACAGGUAUAAAAUGAGUGGUUCUGGGAAAAGUCUUCUUGGUCUUUGGCUUUAUCGAACCGGAGAAGAUUGGACUCUGAGAGAGUCAUCUCAAGCACCUCCGAGAUCUGCAAUGAGUAGUCGAUCAGAUCCGACAAGAUUCGAUACAAGGAACUCUGUAAUAUUCUCAUUGAAAAACCGGGUCGGUGGACUUGCUCAAGCACUCCAAGUUUUUCAAGAUUUAGGUGUAAAUGUGUUGCACAUUGAAUCUAGACCAUCUCGUCGUAGAAAAUCAGAAUUCGAAAUUUUGGUAGACGUGGAAUGUGACAAUAAAAAAAUGGAACAGUUGACUGGGAUGUUGAAGCGUGAGGUUGCAGCUAUAAAUUUGGAGACAUAUGAGAGUGGUGCUGAAGUACCACCUCCCACUCCAAUGUCAGAGACUGCUAGUUUUGAUUUCUCAGAGUUUGAGCUUCCGUGGUUUCCGAAAAAAAUUUCUGAUUUAGAUAAAGCUCAACGAGUACUAAUGUAUGGAACAGAGUUAGAUGCUGACCACCCAGGAUUUAAGGAUCCGGUGUAUCGGAAAAGGCGUGUUGAAUUCGCACACAUAGCAAAUUCUUAUAAAUAUGGACAUCCAAUACCAAGAGUUCAGUACACACCCGAAGAAAUCAAGACUUGGGGUACCGUGAUGCGUGAACUGCACAAACUGUACGUAAAGCAUGCGUGCAGGGAAUACUUGGAGAACUGGCCGGAUCUGGUGAAGUAYUGCGGUUAUCGAGAGGACAACAUUCCACAGUUACAAGACAUAAAUACAUUUUUGAAACGCAAAACCGGCUUUCAAUUGCGACCAGUCGCCGGAUACUUGUCUCCGAGGGAUUUCCUCUCCGGGCUAGCUUUCCGCGUAUUCCAUUGCACACAAUAUAUGCGUCAUUCGUCGGAUCCUUUCUACACACCGGAACCAGAUUGUUGUCACGAGCUGUUGGGUCACAUGCCGCUAUUGGCUAAUCCCACAUUCGCACAGUUCUCCCAAGAACUGGGACUCAACUCGUUGGGAGCCAGUGACGAGGACGUUGAAAAGUUAGCAACGCUAUACUUCUUCACCGUGGAAUUCGGAAUGUGCAAACAAGAUGKCGAACUAAAAGUUUACGGAGCUGGGUUGUUAAGUUCAGUGGCGGAGUUACGGCAUGCGAUUGAAACAAAAGAUAAAAUACAGCGAUUCGAUCCCGAAGUUACGUGUCACCAAGAAUGUAUCAUAACAUCGUACCAAAACGCCUACUAUUACAGUGAGACAUUUGAGGAAGCUAAGGAAAAAAUGAGAGAAUUUGCCGACAGCAUUCAAAAACCGUUUGGAGUGCGUUACAACCCUUACACUCAGAGCGUGGAAAUUUUAAGCAAUACGGACAAGAUCGUCGCUCUGGUGUCGGAGCUCCGAGGUGACUUGUGCAUCGUAAGUAACGCAUUGAGAAAAAUUCACGCCGAAGAUGAAGCGGUGGAGAACAUCAAUAACAUGUUACACAAAGGAAUGAACGUGGGCGGGGUUUCACCGGAAAAGUCUCCCGAAAAGUAAAGGCGCCACCCGGAUGAAUGUUGGAUCAUAGUUAAUUAGCGAGAAUCAGUCAGUUAUGUAUAAAAAAAAAAUAUAUAUAUAUAUAUUUAUCAUCGAUAUAAGAUACACACUUAAAAUAUCAUUAUGUMAACUAAUCAAAUCAUAGCAGUAGAGAGCGAUUAGACACUCGAAGUCGUUAGUUUUAUCGGUAUCAUAUUACCUAUGAUUAUAUUAUAUUUUAAGAAGAUUGUAGUUUUUGUUCCCGAAACUAAUAUAUAUUUUAUGACGCGUAGAUAGAUUUAUUUGACGUUAUCAAUAAGGAACAUCACGGUGUGUGCGCGUUUAAAUCAACUGAACAAUAUUGUAACACUCAUUAUUAUUAUUGUCAUUGAGUCGCAAAGUUUUACCUCACUUAAUUGUUAUUAUUAUUAUUAUUAUUAUUAGCUAUUUAAGCUGUUUAUCGGUUGCACCGAGAUCUUGACCACGUAGGGGUCGGAUGAUAAUUAAUGCAUUGACAGCAAGCUAUACAUGUAGAUCCGUAGAUGAGAGUUGUCUUAAAAAACAAUUGUAAUGUUAAAACAGACUUAUCGGCAUUUCGGAUAAACAAUAAAUAAAAUUGAUUAGUUUGUAAGCGAUUAGUUUGUAGAUAGUUAGCGAGGAGUACUCGUAUACGUUUGAAAUAUAUUUACUUAUUUUUUCAUAUUUUUUAAGUUUGUAAUUCGGUGCAACCGAUUAGACAUAUUCUAUAUUAUAUUCGCUUAUAAUAUUAUAAAAUACUUCAUAAUUUCUCAAUUAGCUCUAUAAUUGUAUUGAUUGUGUUAGGCGGCAAAUGCUGAUUAAUGCGUUCAUGUCAUUAAGAACUUAGUAUUUAAAAAUGACRUGAUUAUUUAAACAAUAUUAUUAGUUAAUAUCGAUUAAUACCAUAGAAUCGGUUAGUUGGAUUUUAUUUGUGCAAAUUAUUAUGUUUACAAUUUAAAUGUUUAACGACAAGUUAUGAGUUAACUCAAAUUAGAAAUUAAGGCAUGCUUUGUUCCAUUA